AUGGCGAACACUGUCCAGGGAGAAUCUUCCUCAACCCCUGGUGCUUCUAGCUCAACUCCGAAUUGGAAAUAUGAUGUUUUUCUGAGUUUUAGAGGAGAAGAGAAGUUUACAGAUCACUUGUAUCAUGCUCUUACUAGAAGUGGGAUGAGAACUUUUAGAGAUAAUGAAGGACUUGGGAGAGGAGAAGUUAUAUCACCACAGCUCAUUCAAGCAAUUAAGGUUUCUCGCUGCGCAGUUGUGGUUCUCUCUCAAAAUUAUGCAGAUUCCAAAUGGUGUUUGGAUGAACUACAACAAAUUCUUGAAAGCAUGAACGAAAUGGGUCAACGAGUUUUUCCAAUCUUCUAUGAUGUAGAUCCAUCUGAUGUAAGAAAUCAAAGAAAAAGCUUCAGAGAAGCUCUAGCCAAUCAUGAAAAGAGACUUAGAGGAAACAUGGACAUAGUGCAGGAUUGGAAAAAAGCUUUAUCUGAAAUUGGCACCAUAUCUGGUUGGGACACCAGAAGUCGGUAA